UUUAAAUAAGAGUUGUGAAAAGCUAUCAAAUGUAUUUUAUAUAUUAAUAUUUAUAAAAUCUAAACUAUUUUCUUUAAAAUUCUCUUUUCUCUUUCUUUAUUUAUUCAAUAUAACCUAUUCAGUAUUAAAUACGGCAUUACAAUAAGAUACAACUACUUUAUUAUUAUUUAUUAAUUAUUAGCAUGGAAGAUACAAGAGAAAUUGCAAUCAGCAAACUUUCUAAAGCCUCUAUUGAUGCUCAAUUAAAUACAGGUGUUCAAUCCCAACUGGAUCAUGUUCAAGAAGGAUUAGAAACAUUAUCAAUUUCAGAUCGUAAUAUAAAUCGUGUUAAAGAAAACAUGCGAAACAUUGAUAAGCUAUGUUAUGCUGCUCAAUCUAUGAUUAAAGACUUUCCUAAAAUUAACAUGAUAUCCCAAGUCCAUCAAAAUUUUGUAGCAACGCAAGCAAAAGUUCAAGCAUUUCAAGAAUUGUAUCAACAAUUAGAUAGCUUAGAAGAAACAUUUGCACCUAUGCAAAAUGAUAUUUUUCAUCCUCAUGAUGCUUUACUUCAUCUCCAUUAUCAUCUUUUUAAACUUGAAGAAUUCCGUGACAAGACAAUGCAUCAGGCUCGUGAUUCACCCCAAGAUGUGAACAUUACUCUAAGAACCUAUUUCAGACGGGUUGAUGUUCUCUCUGAUGACUUUACACAUCAUCUUUGGCUAUUGGCACGAAACUUGAUCCCUUUAGUAGAGAACGGUUGUAGUUCAACUAUAGUUAAACUUAUUAAAAUUAUUGAAUGUGAAGAAGCAGCUGAUGAAAAGGCACUUGCUGCAAAACAGGCUCAAUCGAAUCAUCAGGGACUUCAAGAAAGUGGAGCACAUCGAAAAUGGAGGCUAGCAGAGGGAAAUCCACUUGAAUUUUUUGAACAACUUCAUCAAUCACUUAGAGAACGCUUUGAAGAUUAUCAUCGUCAUACUUAUGAUCUUUUGAAUGAUAUUGUGCAGCAAGAUCUUGAUGCAGGGACCAUCUUGAGGUUAUUACGAUUUGUAAGAGAUUAUUAUGCAACAAUGAGCACUAGAUUAGGUGUAACAGAAGAAUUACUAGAACCUCAAUUAUUAGAUGGUCAGGAACAGUCACUUGUGGAUGAAUAUCUCAAGUUGGUUCGUAGAAAGCUUGUAGAAUGGACUUCGAAUUUAAUGCAAUCUGAGGCUAAUAAGUUUGUUACCAGAGAGGAUCCACCCGAGAUAUCUCCUGACGGUCAAUUUGGUCUUUCAGGAGCAGUUGAUUUAUUCCAAAUUAUUAAUCAACAAAUCGAUGUAGCUGCUGAGGCGAAUCAGGGUAAACUACUUUAUUUAGUUGUGAAUGAAUGUCAUAAGGUGAUGAAAGAUUCUCAAGCGUUUUGGAAAAGACUUUUGAUGUCAGAAUUACAAAAGCAAUUAGAGCAACCGAAGGACGUCCCUCUAGGUCUUGUAGAAUAUGUGAUGGCCUUAGCAAAUGAUCAAAUUAAAUGCUCUGACUUUGCUAAUGAUAUUUUAGCUCCGUGUACCACCUAUUGUAGAUGCCAACUACAAGACUCAACCUAUCCUGAUGUACCUAUUGCCUUUAUUGAAACCAUCUUGAGUAAGCGUGAUGACUUGGAUCGAGCUGCAUUAAAGGAUAUUAUGGAAGGCAUUAAGGUAAAGGCACGUGAAUAUGAGCCUGAUACAAAUACCCACCUACAAUAUUCA